AUGCCAUUAUGUGAAUCACAAUGUAUACAACAAUUUCAACCCAAACAAAUGCUACCAAAUGUGAAUCCAGCAGUACUUAAUUUUGAAUCAUAUAUGCCAUUCUUAAGAGGAAGUAAUGAUGAAUCUUCAAUCAUUGUAAUGACCCCUGAAGAUCAUGCAAAUUGUCCACCAAACUGUAAUGCACGUACACAAGAUUGCAACAAUAUACCAUUCUGUGGGUCAAACAGCUUCAAACAAGAUAGAAAAUGCACAGUGGUUUGCAUGCCAAACUGUGAACCGCAAUGCAUCGAGCAAGUUUGUCCUCCUGCUUGUCAACCAAUGUGUGAUUCAAAUUGCGUGAAACAUACGCAAAACCAAGUUAUACAUAUUUUCCAGCAAGGAACACCGCACCCUCUUCGACCACCACCUCAGCCACGUCUACCUGAGCAACACUGUGUACAGAAAUGCAUGCCUGAUUGUUCGGCACAUUGCGUACAACAAGCUUGUGUCACAGCUUGUCAACCACUUUGUUCUCCAGAAUGUAUUCAACGUCAACGGGAACAAAUUCUUGUUCUUGCACACACUGAACAACAACAAUGCACACCGGAAUGUCAACCGACGUGUAAUAUAGAAUGCAUACAGCAAGCUUGCGUGCCCGCAUGCCAGCCAAUGUGUGAUGCUCAAUGUACGCAGUAUGAAAAUUCUCACGCACAUAAUUCGGAGACGCUAUUGCAAAAUGGAGUUUCACGUUGUGUGUCAAAUUGUGCAGAACAAAUAGGAUCAAUUGAUUCUUCACAUUCAUGUCCAACAUUUUGUGAACCUAGCUGCACUGCGCAGUGCAUUGAAAAAGCUCACGCCUGUGCCAAAACUUGUUUACCAACAUGUCAGUCUAAUUGCGAAAAGAAUGCACGUUGCGUGCAAGAAUGCUUUACCACCUGUCAGCAAUCUUGCCUAGGUUUUACGUCCGGAUCCAAUAUAGUGCAAUCAGAGCAAUCAAACAUUGAAAUUUCACUUCAGGCAACGGAAUCAAUGAACUGCGUGCCACAGUGUCAACCAUUAUGUGCUCCUGCUUGUAUCAAACAGCAAAAUCCUGAACAGUUACCUGCCAUGGCAAACUGUAUCCACGGGAACAACCCCGACUGCCACUGUGCAACAGGAUAUUUGCCUUGCACAGGAAAUAAUUGUUGCCUGAGAAGACGGCGUCGUCAAACUCAAAGCAGGAAAUAG